CUCAAUGGUGUUGUGAUCUGAACAUGACAGACAGAUUCAUGUGGUACAUUCCAAAUUAGCAAUAUGUACCAUGUUGAACGGGAUUCACUGAGGUCAUCUUCUAUUGUCUCUUGUGAUGGAAACUGUAAUAACCCGGCCACUUUGCUCAGCAUUCCUUGGAUUUUGUAAAUGCAAAUGCAUUUUUUUUCUGGAAGGGGUGGUAAAUAAAAGAUGAAUGCAAAAUCAACUUUGGACAUUUCAAUUUAUGUCAUUUUGUUGACUAGUGACACUACUAAAUGUUAGUCCUGCCCUACGAAUAUGUAUGACAUACUCUGAUUGGUUAAGAUGAGACUCUGUCCGAUAAUUACUUCAUUAGUAAAUGGUUUAUGUGACACGAAAUUAACGUCAUUGAAUUUGUAUCUGGUUGUGCUUGUUAUUAUGAUUUAUGCCACACAUCAAAAUCUGGCCGCUAUUAUAUACAGCAAUUUUUGUACUAGUAACCCAACAUCUGGCCGUUAAUGUGAUACAGUACCCUUCAGUUUUAUGAGGGGCACACAUAUCAUUGCCCUCUCAUGUCAUGUGCCACACCCUGGGGUAAUGGUAGCUUUUAGGUUCAGUCUGGUUCUAAAAUCAGAAGAGAUGUUCUACACUUUUCUGUCGUUUUUAGCAUGCUACUCGUACUAUGCUACUGUGGCUACCACAAUUGCUGCGAACUUCUUAUUUCGUAGUUUCGUAGACAUCUUGUUUGUCAGCUAAUUUAGUGUCUGCCAGAACAAAAAAAGGAAAGAAGCUUGCCAUUUUUUUUCCUUGCAUUGGAUGCUAGUGCCCGUUAAAUAGUCUUUGCUUUCCCAUUGUAAUACCUCCAUGUAACUCUCAGAUAUUCACACCAUGCAUCUGGGUAUACCGAUAACAUGUUAUUUUCGGACAGCAGCAUGUGGGAUGUGCUGAUGGUAACAUAUUCUUUCCCCAGCACAAGUCUGGUAGAACAAGCACUGUCCAGCAACAACUACUGAUCUAUCUUUGCAAGGUUGGUGACAUCAUAAACUUGGCGUGACCUUGACUCUGUAGCUCUCGUCAGGCACUUCAGUUUUGAAAGUUCUGUGAUGUUGUCAUGUAUCUUAAUUGACGGCAAUUAUCUGUCUAAUUCUCCAAAAAUGACAGAUGCAAUUAAUUAGCCAAUAAAAACUCUAAAACCUUGCCGGACAAGAUCUGUCAUCAAAUCACCUUCGUGAGGAAACAAGUCUAAUUGCAUAUCCAGCUUCUUAGACAGCCAUUUACAUUAAUUAAAGCCAUUCCGUCCUAUUCGUGCCAAACAUUUUAGUAUCCGACUUCCUAAGACGUACUUGCAGAAGCAGCAGUUAUCUUUAGUAGUACUGUGCCAUCGAUUAGCAGAGAAGUUUGGAAUAAGAAUGGUGAACGCGGAAGGGAAAAAAAAAAAGAUGAAACAACUCGAUCGUUGGAUAUAUUAGUACUCCACUUAUGCUCUCUCUAAACGAGGCAUAUUUGCAACACGACCUCAAAGACAGGAUCACAUUAAUAGAUAUGCUAUGCAUGCCCUCAUCAAAGACUGUAUGCAUGCAUGAUGGUACGUACUCCGUACGUCUGAAUGAGCAAAUCUAUACAUGCUCGUACGCGAUACACAUGCAUGACUUCAUCAGAUAGUAAGAACCACGGAUAACUAAGCAACAGACCCAUGUGGAAGAAGGCAUCACUACGAUGACGGCGACGACGAAACAUACAUAGAUAUGCUGAUAUAUGCACAACUCAUGCAUUAAUAUGCGUGGUCGAGAAGCCUUGGCAGGUAGAACGAAUCGAUCUAAGUCCACACGACACACGCAGUUCACACUUCCGUUAAAGAAGCCUUUUUACCUUACCAGAGUCCAAACUUCCAAUAUUAAUCAAACUUCAUUAUGGUUCCAUGCAUAUCAGUUGAGCGACGUACCCGUCAAUUACGAGGCGCAUGUGGUGACUACGUCACUCUCAAGAUGAUGUGCCGGACCAGUCUCUUGGAGACACUCAUAGGGAUAGUGUGUGCGGGUGUGUGUUCAUAGGGGUGAGUGUGCGUGCGUAUUUGUGAACGUCUGUGUCUGUACUGUGUUUUUUCAAAAAAAAAAUUGAGCAAAGUGGUCAAAACUAAGACGACUAUCAUUACAUAUGCAUGGGUGCGUGUAUGGUAAGCUGGGUACGUAAGAGACUGCGACACACUUGCAUAGUACUUCCUUCGUCCCAUAAUUCUUGUCGAAAUAUUACAUGUAUCCAGACGAUUCUUAGGAAUAGAUACAUUCAUUUUUGGGCAAAUUUGAGACAAAAAUAAUGGAGCCGAGGGAGUAUAUUACAUGGUACCAGGUAGCAAGCGGGCACACAUUUCUCGUGGCAACACACAACCGCUAGCAAUGGCUGCUUCCAAUGUUCAGCCAUGGCUUCUCCUCCUCCUCAUCCUCCUCCCGGCGGCCCUGGUUAGCCCACAGACGGCGGCGGCAGCACCACCGCAGCCGACGCCGGCGUUCGAUGAGAACUACGUGCCUUCAUAUGGCCAAGAUGGCUAUCACCUGGUAGACAUGGGCACAGAGAUUCGUCUCACCUUGGAUCGACGGAACGGUGCUGGGUUCGUCUCCAAGCUGAGAUUCGGUUCAGGGUUCUUCCACAUGAGGAUCAAGGUGCCCUCCGGGUACACGGCCGGAGUUGUCACGGCCUUCUAUCUGGCGUCGGAUUCUUCGGCGCCUGACCGUGACGAGGUGGACUUCGAGUUCCUGGGCAACGUGGACGGCAAGCCCAUCACCCUCCAGACCAACGUCUUCGUCAACGGCCACGGCGACAGGGAGCAGAGGCUGUCCCUCUGGUUCGACCCAGCAGCCGACUUCCACGACUACAGGAUCCUCUGGAACUGUUUCCAGAUCGUAUUAUUCGUGGACGAGACGCCGGUGAGGGUGCUGAGGAACCUGACGGGCAGCGUGCCGGACUACGAGUUCCCGGAGAAGCAGAUGGUCGUCCAGGGGAGCGUGUGGGACGGCUCCGACUGGGCUACGGACGGCGGAAGGACCAAGGUGGACUGGAGCCGGGGACCCUUCGCGGCGGAGUUCAGGGGUUUCGACGUCGCGGGCUGCGCCAACACCAGCUCCACGCCGUGCGACUCGCAGUCGUCGCCGGGCAUGUGGUGGAACGGCGGCGGGUACAGGAGUCUGUCCGCCGAGCAGCACGCGGCCUACGAGAACGUCAGGAACAAGUACAUGAACUACGACUAUUGCACUGACAAGGGGAGGUUUAAGAACAAGCUGCCCGCGGAGUGCAGCUACGCCUAGAGCUACCUGUCUAUGUGUGUAUCUACCUAGUAGCUUGGAUCAAAAUAAUUAGUUCAGAUCAUUGCUCUCCCAGUGACUUGUAUGCACACUGAGACCUAGUAGUGCACAAGUGCAGCUGGUCUCUGCUUUGCCAUUCAAAAAGUGAUUUAAAAAAGAGUUCAAAAUGGUUUCACAA